GCGAGCAGUUUCAGUAGCGCAACGCGAUGAAGCAGCUUCAGCUGAGCCUUGGCAUUGUCUGCGUCUUGCUUGGCGGCGGCGCAUGGGGCGCCAAUAUACUCGCCCUAAUGGGCAUGACGUCACACAGUCACCAUAUAUGGAAUAGCGUGCUGCUGCAUGAGCUGGCGGAGCGUGGCCAUAAUCUGACUAUAUUGUCGGUAAAUCUGCCGCGCUCAACGGAUAAGGUGCCAGCUAAUGUAAGCUAUAUAUAUUUGGAGCGUGCCUAUGAUUUCUACAAGGAGCAGGAUGAUACGACUAUCAAUGAUUUGAUAGGCAUAAAUAGCUAUGAAACGAUAAAGCAGUUGUAUGAUUUUGGCUUGAAAACAGCUAAAUAUAUAACGAAAUCGCGUGGACUGAAGCAGCUGCUGGACUAUCCAGCUGAUUUCAAGUUCGAUUUGAUUAUAAAUGAUUAUACACUGGGUCCCUAUUUGCUGGGCUUUGCGCACAAGUUUAAAUAUCCACCCAUAAUGGGCAUGACUGCCUUUCACAAUGCGCCCAUAACGCUCGACUUUAUAUCCAAUCAUUAUUUUCCUGCGCUAGUGCCGUACUACUCCACGCUCUACUCGCCGCAAAUGUCCUUUUGGCAGCGUCUGGACAACACGCUCAUCUUUGCAGCCGACACAAUCUAUCGCCGCUUGUACUACCAUCCGGAGCUGGAUGCCAUAAUGCGUCCGUUCUUUGCUGCUGAUAUGCCGCCGCUUGCGGAGCUGGCCAAGCUUACCAAAGUGGCGCUUAUCAAUACGCAUCCAGCUACAGAUUAUGUCGAGGCGCUGCCACCGAAUGUGGUUGAAGUGGGUGGCAUGCAGUGUCGCCAGGGCAAGCCGCUGCCUGCAGAUUUGGAGCAGUUUAUGCUUGCAGGCAAGCGUGGCGCCAUUUUCUUUUCCCUCGGCACCAAUAUGCUGCCACAGAAUGUGGAUGAGUCCACCAAGCUGGCCAUAGUGGAGGCGUUCAGGCAGCUGCCAGAAUAUAAUUUUAUAUGGAAAUUCGAUGCGGCUUAUUUGCAGCAAGUGCAGAAUGCCAGGCAAAUGUUUUGGUGCGUGACUUUUUGCCACAAAGCUGAUAUUUUGGCGCAUAAAUCUUUGAUAUUGUUUGUGACACACUGCGGUGGGCUGAGCACACAGGAAGCGACUUGGUUUGGCGUGCCUGUGGUGGGCUUGCCGCUGUUUCUGGAUCAGCAUAGGAACAUGCUGCAAACGUUUAAUGCCGGCGCUGGCGUCAAGCUGGACUAUAUGACUUUGAGCACCUCCUCCUUGGUUGCAGCUAUUAAGCAAGUGGCCACCAACAAGCGCUAUGCCAAGGCCAUGAAGCUGCGCUCCCAACGCUUUCGAGACAAUCCGCUGCCGCCGCUGGAGCUCGCCGUAUGGUGGGUGGAGUAUCUGCUGCGUCAGCCCAAUCCCGCACAGCUGCACUCAGUUGCCAAGGAUCUAAACUAUUUUCAAGCACACUCCUUGGAUGUGCUGGCGCUUCUUGUGGCGCUGCUGCUGCUGCUGCUUUAUCUGCUGCAUUCGCUUUGCUGCAACAGACGCCGCACUUUCGGUCGUGCUCUCUUAUAA